AUGGGGUUGUUCCAAUUCCUUGUCAAGACCAUCUCCAUCGUCCCAAUCCAUCCCUUCUAUAAAAGUUUUUCAUCCGAUCUACCCUCUGCACCUCAAAUAGCAAUCUCAUUUCGAGCCACUGCUUCAGCACCUUCCUGGAACCCAGAACUCACCAUCAAACCCAAAACCAGCAAUUCCAAUUCAAGGACCGCCAUGUUCGCAAAAAUUUCCCGUAUGUUGGCGGGUAAGAAACACAGCGAAACAAAGAAAGCGGGAAAGGACCCUCGGCAGGUUGAGGUGACAAAACGACCAAAGAAAUCUGUCGGGUUUGAAAACGACGCGAAAUUGGUGCAGACCAUCGAGGUCCCUCCAAAUGUCGACAAGCCCGCUACAGGUGAGCCACCGGUUUUGCGCAAGGAAAAGCAUCCGUUACAUCUAGGUGUGAAGGAACAGCAGCCAUCUUGUCGAACGGAUUUAGAGAUGGCGCCGGUUGCCGAAGGUGGAUCAUCUUCUACCAUGCCCUCCCGAGCUCCACCAGCGAGUUUUCCAAACGCUCGAAUCCCAGGAUGCGAUCACCACAACACCACCCUCAUCAGCACUGACAUGGCUGGCAAGAGUAUGACGAGCUUCCGCGCACGUUGGGUCUUUUCCGAUGGCACCAGCACCACUCACACGCACGAAGCUGCUCCGUUCUCGCCAAUCAUGGCUUGUCCAACUUCUCCAUUUCACGGCCUUGAUCCUCUCAUACCAGGGACAACGAUCGUUAACACCAGUGUCAUCUCCACUGAUGAGGCCGGCAACAGCAAUUUACGUUGCCGCACGACUUGCAUGCUACUCGAUGGCACUAGUAAGACUCAAACUCGCGACCCUGUCUUCAUUCCGGCGUCUGCUGACAAGGUUGGUGACCCAUCCCCACUUUCUCAUGCUACGCCAGCUGAAGGCGUUCCUUCAUUCAAUGAUAGCUCUUUGGGAGAGUCGUCCUCAAUUGAAUUGUCUUCUUUAGGUAGCACCAGCCAUACAGUCGCUGAAACUGCCAACCCGCAGACCCAACCAACCCUACGCCAACCUCGAAAGUUCUACCGACAGCCAUGGAAUCUAUUCGUCCGCAAACCUAAGUUCUGCAACCUCACUCCACGGCCCGAGGAAGACCAUCGUCUCACCGAUGAGGCGUGGACGGUGAUCUUGAACCGAAUUGCAGAGCAGAAGACCGAGGUGAAGAACACAAAGCCUGAGCAGACCCAGCCACAGGAGGGAACCAAGCCUGAACAGACUCAGCUGAAGGUGAGUCCUACCUUUGAUGACAUCCUCGCGGCCUUGGAUGGCAGUGUAGAGGAGAGAUCGGAGCUGGAGGGUAAGAAACGCAAGCAGACGAAAGCAAAGCAGUCCAAGGCCAAGCGCGAAAAGAAGUUGCUGUCUGAUCAAAAUGGGCCAGCUUGGUGGAUGUGA